AUGGGAACCUGCCAGUAUGGGUUCAUCAACAGCUGCUUACAGUCUCUGGUGAUGGAAAGGUUUGGACAGGAUACCUGGGACAAACUGAGCUCUCUUCCAGGGGUCCAGGAUACUUUCAUGACAUAUAUGGUUUAUGAUGACAGCCUAACCUUAAGCCUAGUGCAGGAGGCCUGUUCGCUGCUGGAUGUCUCUGCUGAUGGAUUUCUUAAGCUUUUUGGAGAGCAUUUCUUUACUUUUUGUAAGCAAGCGGGCUAUGACACCAUGCUGAGGUCACUGGGUGGAAAUCUCACUGAAUUCAUUGGAAAUCUGGAUGCUCUCCAUAGUUACCUGGCUCUGUCCUAUCAGGAAAUGAAUGCACCAUCUUUCCGGGCGGAGAUGACAGGCGAUGGCAAGAUGCUUCUUCACUACUAUUCUGACAGGAAGGGCCUGCACCAUAUUGUGCCUGGUAUUAUGGAGGCAGUUGCCAAUGAGUUUUUUAAUUGCAAAGUGACCAUGGUGGUUGUUAAUCAAUCAGAGGAAGAUGAGCAGAAAGGGAAGAAGGAGCAUGUUGUGUUUCUAGUCAAACAUACCAACCAAGCUUGCAAAACUAGAGACCAGGACCAUACCAGUUAUAGAGAGGAGGCAUUACUCAGAACAAUGAGGGACAGAUGUGUGUCACUGUCUGGGAAAAAGAGUGGCUGGGACCUGAUCAGGGCUGUGGUUCUAACAGAAAAAGGCAGACUCCUGUACACCUUCAGUCCAUGUCACCUGGACAAGCUGUGGAUAGAGAAGAAAGCUUUCUCCAUUGCUUUCCCCUUUCAUAUUGUCUUUGAUGAAGAUCUGAAGGUAAGGCAGACAGGGGUGAACAUACAAAAGUUUGUUCCAGGUUUCCAGGCCAGGGAUGCUACACUGGACCAAUACUUCACCAUUAUACACCCACAGGUGACUUUUACUAUUAAGAGCAUCAGGAAAUUCAUCAACAGUCAAUUUGUCUUGAAAAGCCUCAAAGACAAAUGCACCACGCUCAAACUAAGAGGUCAGAUGUUGUGGAUGGAAACUCUUGGCUGUAUGUUGUACCUGUGUUCUCCAAAGCUACGAAGUCUCAAGGAACUUCAAGAUGUUGGCCUCCACCUGUCUGACCUGGCCCAGCACGAUGUCACCAGAGACCUGGUUCUCCUCAACCAACAACGUCUAGCUGAGAUGGAACUCACCAACCAGCUGGAAAGGAAAAAAGAGGAACUGAGAAUCCUGUCAAAGCACCUAGAGGCUGAAAAAGAGAAGACAGAAACUCUGCUGUAUGCCAUGCUGCCUCGCCACAUAGCCAAUCAGCUUAAAGAUGGGAAGAGUGUAAAAGCAGGGGAGUUUGAGGUGUGCACUAUUUUGUUCAGCGAUGUGGUAACCUUCACAAACAUCUGCGCUGCCUGUGAGCCUAUCCAUAUUGUUCACAUGCUCAACUCCAUGUACUCCAAGUUUGACCGACUCACCAAUAUACAUGAUAUCUACAAGGUAUUAAUUGGUUUCCUAAAGGUUGAGACUAUUGGUGAUGCAUACAUGGUGGUGGGUGGCGUUCCAGUCCCUACAGAAAGCCAUGCUGUCAGAGUGGCAAACUUUGCUUUGGGUAUGAAGAUAGCAGCCAGAGAGGUCAUCAACCCUGUGACAGGCAAACCAAUACAGAUUCGUGUGGGUCUCCAUACUGGUCCAGCGUUAGCUGGGGUGGUGGGGGAGAAGAUGCCACGUUAUUGCCUGUUUGGAGACACUGUUAACACAGCCUCCAGGAUGGAGAGUCAUGGAGUACCUGACCACAUUCACCUCAGCACUUCCACAUACAGUGAGUUGAAGGAUGGAGGAUUCAACAUACAAAAGCGUGGCCAUAUUGAGGUGAAGGGUAAAGGCCAGAUGACUACUUACUUCCUGUUGGGGAACCUGUUGGUGUCAGAAGAUAGCAUCAUGGGAAGAGAAGAUGGAGGGAAGUGUCUUUACAGAAAGGACCUUCAUGGCCAGAGCAAAAAAGAGCCUAAUCUAAGAUCUGAAACUGAGUGGAGAGACGCAACCUCAGAUGGAGUCAUUCCCUCAGACCCAAGCUGCUCAGACACAAUCACUGCCUUUGCCUGGGACAUCACCCCGCCAUAUGAGACCAAUGAGAAAAGCUACAACACUCCUGCAAACAAUUUCAACAGCAGACUCUGUGUCUUACUCUGA